AUGCACGAUAAUGCGGGGCUGGUCCACGGGAAUCUUACCCCAGAUGCUGUCCUGAUCAACGCAAAGUCGGACUGGAAGAUCAGCGGUCUUUCUUUUUGUACACCAGCAGACGGUUCGACGAAGCCCACGUCCAUUCAGCCCAUCAGCCUUUCCGAAGUACUCAACAUCGACCCGAGAUUGCCCCGUCAUGUCCAGCUUAAUCUCGACUUUACCUCACCUGACUUCGUCCUCGACACCAAUCUCAAUGUUUCCGCCGAUAUGUUCUCGCUGGGCGUCUUGUGCAUAUCUUUAUAUAAUACCCCGCACCGGUCUCCUCUAGAGGCGCACGGGAGCGUGUCGACAUACAAGCGCCUCUUCUCGUCCUCUUCGACGGUGCCGUCAACGUCGAACAAGUUUUUAUGCUCAGGCAAUCUGCCUCGAGAUCUUGCCAACCAUGUUCUGCCUCGUCUCAUAACACGCCGGCCCGCCCAGCGCAUGUCGGCCAAAGAGUUUCAAGAAAGCGAAUACUUUGACAACAUCCUUGUCUCUACCAUCCGGUUCCUCGACACUUUCCCCGCUAAGACUCCUGGGGAGAAGUCUCAAUUCCUACGCGGCUUAAUCAAAGUCUUGCCUAGCUUCCCCAAAUCCGUCAUGGAAAAGAAGCUGCUACCAUCGCUUUUGGAUGAGAUGAAGGACAAGGAGUUGAUCUCCCUCAUCCUCCAGAACGUCUUCAAAAUCAUUGAGCUGCUCCCGUCCGCGAAGCGUGCAUUCGGGGAGAAGGUCCGCCCGGUCUUAAAAGAAACUUUUGCCGUUCCCGCGCCUAGUUCCAAGUCAGCUCAGGCCCCUACACCGGAUAAGGACCCGGCAAAGGACGCCGGGCUCAUGGUUGUGUUGGAGAACAUGUCCUCUAUCUGUAAAAACUCGUCUGGAAAAGAAUUCAAAGACGAUAUUCUUCCCGUUGUUGUUGCUGCGAUAGAGUCAGCUACUCACUCGCUCGUAGAUGCCGCCCUUAGAGGUCUGCCUGUUAUCCUCCCUAUCCUUGAUUUCAGCACAAUCAAGAACGAGCUAUUCCCGAUCAUCGCAACGGUAUUUAGCAAGACCAAUAGUCUGCAGAUCAAGAUUCGCGGUGCGCUUGACAAGUACACAAUGCAGGAAAAGAUUGUGCCCCUAGUCAAGGCCAUCAAAACUAAGGAGCCUGCGGUGAUGAUGGCCGCUCACGAUGUCCUCAAAGUAGUUGGGGAUGCGGCCGACAUUGAGUUUGUCGCCAUGGAAAUCCUUCCCGUGUUGUGGAAUAUGAGUCUCGGGCCGCUCCUGAGCCUGCAGCAAUUCCAGGCGUUCAUGGACCUCAUCAAGGGCCUCUCAAGAAAGGUCGAGGACGAACAUUCUAAGAAAUUGCAAGAACUUUCCGGUUCAUCAAAUGGUGCCACUGCCGCUCCUACCGACGAUUUCGUUGCUUUUGGAGGGCUCACGGGGACGGCGUUUGACCCCUCUGGCGGUAACGAUGAAGACAACUUCGAGGCAUUGGUCAAGGGGAGGGUCUCGACGUCGAAGGAUGCGAGCGGGUCCUUCUCCAACUGGGACGACAACCCACCGAGUGCCGCUAUCGCGGCGUCGACAAUAUCACGUCCCAGCGGCUCCCCACAGCCCGCGGCGUUUGCCUGGUCCACACCGUCAACCACUCCAGCACCCGCACGGGCGGGGCCUACGGCGGUCAAGGCACAACAGGCCAGCUUCCGCACUGUUACGCCCGACCUUUCCACCUUUGGGGCUCUCACACCCACCUCGACUCAGUUCUCGAAGCCCCUCCAGCCGACUCAGGUAUCCCAGCAGUCAGCAUUCGCACCGCCCACGCUCUCGCCGAGCACAACCACCGCCUCAGCUUCGUCUAUUAAUUGGGGCUCCGGCAGCACAGUUGCAGCUGCGCCGGCAUCAAGCCCUUGGUCCUCCAUGGCUAGCCCAGCAGCGAUAGGUCAGCAGCAACAGUCAUCCUCCGCCUUUGGCGGCAUGGGAACCUCGAUGGGUAAUCUCUCUCUCAAUGCGCAACGCCCGAUGACGUUGCAGCAGCAGGCCUCCACUUCCUCCGCAUCCUCCUUCUCCUUACCGCCACCACCAUCGAACAACCUUGGUGGAUCUUCCUCUUUCAGCUUACCCCCUCCACAGCCGAAACCGCAGAUUAGCAGUAGCAAUGCGUGGGCGAGCACCGGUGCGACUGGAGGAAUGAAUAUGGGAAUGGGCAUGGGCAUGGGCAUGGCGGCAAUGGCCCCGAUGGCCAAGCCAGGAAUCUCUAACCCACCAAAUUCGGGCAUGGGCGGCAUGAGCAUGGGCACAAAUAUGGAUGCGUCAUCUUGCUACGCGAUGGCGCUCUGCCAUUCCCUCGGCGACGUUACUGGCGAGGCAAACUGCGCCGGCGCUGGCCUGGCAAGCUUCGAGGUUAUACAGCACCGCGGGGCGAAGCCCUUGCCUGUCGACAUUUCGAAGCUCUCCAUUGAGAAGACGGCCAAGCCUUCAGCGUUGAAGAACCCCGAGGAGCUCGUCUUCGGAAGGACGUUUACUGACCACAUGCUCACCAUUGAGUGGACCAAGGAGGGCGGUUGGUCCGCCCCCAAGAUCGCUCCCUACCAGAACCUGUCCCUUGAUCCCGCCACCUGCGUCUUCCACUACGCAUUUGAGUGCUUCGAGGGCAUGAAGGCCUACCGCGACUCCAAGGGCCAGUUCCGCCUCUUCCGCCCCGACAUGAACGCCAUCCGUCUCAACAAGUCCGCCGCCCGCAUCGCCCUCCCCACCAUCGAUCCCGAAGCGCUGACCAAGCUCAUCGCCGAGUUCGUGAAGCUCGAGUCCCGCUUCAUCCCCAACCAGCGCGGUUACUCUCUCUACCUCCGCCCCACCAUGAUCGGCACGCAAAAGACGCUCGGUGUCGGCCCUCCCGGCUCGGCUCUCCUGUACGUCAUCGCUUCUCCCGUGGGUCCUUACUACCCUACCGGUUUCAAGGCCGUCUCCCUCGAGGCUACCGACUACGCCGUCCGCGCCUGGCCCGGUGGUGUGGGUGACAAGAAGCUCGGCGCCAACUACGCCCCCUGCAUCGUGCCCCAGUUGGAUGCUGCCAGCCGCGGUUUCCAGCAGAACCUCUGGCUCUUUGGCGAGGAGGAGUUUGUGACCGAGGUCGGCACCAUGAACAUGUUUGUCGCCAUCAAGGACAAGGCGACCGGAGAGAAGGAGCUCAUUACCGCUCCGCUUGACGGCACUAUCCUCGAGGGUGUCACUCGCGACUCCGUCCUCAGCCUUGCUCGGGAGAGGCUCAUCCCCCAGGGCUGGAAGGUCUCGGAGAGGAAGUACACGAUGCAGGAACUGGCCGACGCGUCCAAGGAGGGCCGUCUUCUCGAGGCCUUUGGCUCCGGCACCGCGGCCGUGGUCAGCCCCGUCAGGGCCAUCAGCUGGAAGGGCCAGCUCGUCAACUGCGGUCUCAAGGAUAGCGAGGAGACGGGUCCCGUUGCCCUGCAGAUGAAGGAGUGGAUUGAGGCUAGGCAGUACGGUGAUGAGGAUCACCAGUGGAGCCACGUCGCUGUUUAA